AUGGACGAACCAACGCCAAGUUUAGUUGAAUUAGAAAAGCAAACGGCUUUUGGAAAAAGAGAAUUAGAGGAAAUAUUAAAUGGUUUUUCACGGUCAUUCCGUCACGGUCUUGAUAAAGAUGAGAAUACAAUGAUCCCUUCCUUUGUUUGUCGGUUACCAACUGGUACGGAAACUGGUACAUAUCUUGCCUUAGAUUUGGGUGGGACCAAUCUACGCGUGGCAGCUGUUACUUUACUUGGUGAUGGAAAAACAGAAAUUGAACAUAAACAGUAUCCUAUACCUGAAGAGUUAAAGAACGGUGAUGCUGAAUCUUUAUUUAAUUGGAUUGCUGAUGGUACUAAAAGUUUGUUGGAUCUGCCUGGAGUUAAAGCCAAAAUCGCCGAUAAAGAAUUGUACAUGGGCGUAACAUUCAGUUUUCCGAUCAAGCAAACUAAUAUAGAUAAAGGCAAAGUGAUGAAGAUGGGCAAGUCAUUCAAUGUCUCCGGUUUGGUGGAUCAUGAUGUAAUUGAACUCUUACGAGAUGCUUUCGAUCGUCAGGAGAUAAAAGUAAAUAUUCCAGCCAUUGUUAAUGAUACAGUUGGAACCCUUGUGGCACAUGCAUAUAAAGAUCAAAAUACAAUUGUGUCGAUUAUUGUGGGAACGGGAACAAAUGCGGCAUGUAUUGUAGAAUCUAGAGAGAUUAAGAAACAUGUGUUUAAACCUAAUUUUCCUCAAACCAUGAUAGUUAAUACUGAAAUAAGUUUGAUGGGUUCAGACUUUUUAAAAAGAACGAAAUAUGACAAAAUUCUUGAUUCACAAAGUUCUUCGCCGGGGUUUCAACCUUUUGAAAAAAUGGUUAGCGGACUCUAUUUAGGUGAAUUAGUUAGGUUGACUAUCGUUGAUUACGUUAAAAAUUUAAAUUUAUUUGGAGGAGUGUUACCCGGAGGAAUGGAAGUUCCUUAUAGUUUCACCUCCAUUCAAAUGUCAAACAUUGAAAGUGACAAAUCUUCUAAUCCAGAAAAUCUUGUAAAGGUAUUAACAGAAGACUUCAAAUUACCCAAAGAUAGUUUGUCAAAUGAGGACAUGCUUAAAGUUAGAGAAUUGGUGAAAAGGUAUUCGCAUAGGUCAGCGCAAUUAUCGGCAGUGGUUGCCGCAUCGUUAAUUAAAUUUCAAUGUGGAGAUAUUAAAGAGAUUGAAAGAGAGGUUAGAAUAGCGGUUGAUGGAUCAGUUUAUCAUCAUUUUAAUAAGUAUUCUUUCUGGAUGGCCAAGACUCUUAGAGAAAUACAAGACGUCAAGGAAGAUAAAAAAGUAAAGUUGGUUGGAAUUAAAAAUGGUGGUUGUAUUGGUGCUGCUAUAAUAGCGAUGUUGUAUUCUCAUUAG